AUGGAGUUUGAAAAUAAAACUGAAAUCACUGAAUUCUUCCUCCGUGGAUUUCCUUCUUUACUUGAACUUCAAAUAAUACUUUUUAUUUUUUUUUUACUCAUUUAUGUCCUAACCAUAUCUGAGAACAUAAUUAUUAUUACCACCAUACAACUUCAUCCCAAACUCCAGAAACCUAUGUAUUUCUUCCUUAGCAACCUGGCAAUCCUAGAGAUUUGUUAUGUCUCUGUCACCGUUCCCAAUUUAUUAGUAAAUGUCCUGACAGAGAGAAAAACCAUCACUUUUUCUGGAUGUAUGACACAACUCUUCUUUUUCAUUUCACUUAUGUGCACAGAAUGUGUUCUCUUAGCGGUAAUGGCAUUUGACAGGUAUGUUGCGGUUUGCCACCCAUUGCAAUAUGUUAGGAUCAUGAGCUAUGAGUUUUGUGUUCAGCUGACUUUGUCUUCAUGGUUGUCAGGAUUUACAGUCACCAUUAUAAAGAUAUAUUUUAUAUCUAAACUAUCAUUUUGUGGUCCAAACAUCAUUAACCAUUUUUUCUGUGACAUUUCCCCAGUCCUUAAUCUUGCAUGUAUAGAUAUGUCAUUAGCUGAGUUGGUUGACUUCAUCUUAGCUUUGGUUAUUCUCCUCAUCCCAUUACUGGUAACUGCUAUUUCAUAUGUCUGUAUCAUUUACACAAUUUUAAAAAUAUCAUCCACUGAUGGAAGACAAAAGGCAUUUUCUACCUGUGCCUCCCAUCUAACUGUGGUCACCAUAUUCUUUUCAACAACGCUUUUUAUUUAUGCGCGGCCAAAAAAGGCCAAAUCAGUGGAUGCGAAUAAGCUGAUAUCUCUCUUGUAUGCUGUUUUUACUCCCUUGAUAAAUCCUUUUAUUUAUUGUCUACGAAACAAAGAAAUUUGGGACACCUUAACCAAGUAUUUGUGCCGAAAAAAACAUUUCCCAGAUCUCUGUAUUUGA